AUGUUGCCAGUUGUGGAUAUGGUUGAACAAGUUUCAGUAGUCAAAGAAACGCCAUCACUGAAGAUAUUAACAGAGUUGUUGCAUAAGUUGAACGUUUCACUUGAAGAAACGGAAAAAAAAGAGGUAGUUGAUAAUAAAGAAUCUUCAGUUGAGGAAAAAGGAGAUUCGGAUAUAUAUGGACGAGCAUUUUGUAUUUUAACGGAAAAGAUUAAAACAAAAGAUGCUGGAGUACGAGAACAAGCAUUAAAAGCCAUAUCAUCAAUAUUUUCUAAGAAAAUUAACCCCGGACUUGAGCCAUAUCUUGUUCAACUUUUAUCGGUGCUUUUAACACAGAUUGGAGUAGACAAAAUAGCAACAGUACGGGCAGAAGCUAUUGCUGUGAGUGAAAAUAUUGUUAAAGAAGUGAAUCCCUAUGCAGUUAAAGCGGUUCUUCCGCCGAUUAUUAAGUCGAUUCAAGUAUCUGGAAAAUUGGCGGAAAAAAUGUGUGCAUUCCGUAUGCUUGAUAUACUCGUUAAAAGAGCACCAUGUCAAAUGUCGUAUCGGUUACCAGAGUUGAUUCCUAUUUUAUCAGAGUCUAUGUGGGAUGCACGGGUAGAUGUUAAAAAUCAAGCACGAAAAACGAUGACGGAAGUAUGCUCACUUAUAUCUAAUCCGGAUAUUGAGCGCUUUAUUCCUAUACUCAUUGAUUGUAUUGCUGAACCGGAAAAAGUCCCAGAAACAAUUCAUACUCUUGGAGCUACGACUUUUGUUCAGGAAGUGCAUGCAUCAACGUUAUCUAUUAUGGUUCCAUUAUUAGCAAGAGGUUUAAAUGAGCGUGCAACUGCUAUUAAGCGCAAAUCCGCAGUUAUCAUUGAUAAUAUGUGUAAACUUGUUGAAGAUCCUCAUAUUAUCGCUCCCUUUUUACCUAAAUUGAUGCCAAUACUUGAAAAUGUUAAGGAAACUAUUGGUGAUCCGGAAUGUAGAGCAGUUACUAAUCGUGCUUUGGCCACAUUGAUUCGAGUUGGAAAUGUUAAGGAUGGAAAAGUAUCCGAAGUUCCAACACUAGGAGAGCCAGAAACUUGUUUGGAAACACUUCACUCUAUUCUUAAAAAGCAGGAGUUAAUAACAACAUCUGAUAUUUAUUUGAAUUAUAUUUCUUGUAUCGCAUCUCAAUUGAUUAACGAAAAAAACAAUGAGGUUGUCGAUUGGAAUUCAAACGUUCUUCCAUAUUUGCAUCAUAUUGUUAUCGACGCGGAUGUUAAUUCUAUUGUUGACCAUUUUAGAAAACGAGCUAUUUCAUGUUUUGAUAGUUCAUUAAAUGAAGUGGAAGAAGAAGAGGGUGAUGAUUUGUGUAAUUGUGAGUUUUCUCUCGCAUAUGGUGCAAAAAUUCUUUUAAACAGAACGUUUUUAAACCUCAAACGUGGUCGCAGAUAUGGUUUAUGUGGUCCUAAUGGCUCGGGAAAAUCAACUCUUCUUCGUGCUAUUUCGAAUGGUCAAGUAGAAGGAUUUCCUAUGGAAUUGAAAACUGUAUACGUCGAACAUGAUAUUGAUGACACAGAAUCAGUAACUUCUGUUCUUGAUUUUAUAGCAAAUGAUCCAUUAGUUACAGUCAACAAUAAACAAGAUGCAAUAGAUUCCCUUUUAAAACAUUCCUUUACAGAGGAUAUGCUUUCAAUGCCUAUUUCUAGCCUUUCAGGUGGUUGGAAAAUGAAAUUGGCAUUAGUUCGUGCUAUGCUUCAGAAAGUAGAUAUUUUAUUAUUAGAUGAACCUACAAAUCAUUUAGAUGUAAAAAAUGUUGCUUGGCUUGAAAGUUUUUUGAUUUCACAAAGUCAAAUUACUAGCAUUAUAGUUUCGCACGAUUCUGGUUUCUUGGAUAAUGUUGUUCAAAGUAUUAUUCACUACGAACAUUUUAAACUUAAAAAAUAUGUAGGCAAUAUGAGUAAAUUUGUUUCUAUGGUUCCUGCUGCUCGAUCUUAUCAAGAUAUUUCUCAAUCUGAGCUUGAAUUUACUUUUCCAGAACCAGGUUAUUUGGAAGGCGUUAAGACUAAACAGCGUGCUAUUUGUCGUAUGCGGGAUAUAGAAUUUCAAUAUGAAGGAACUAGUGCUCCUCAAAUUGUAGAUAUUUCGCUUCAAGUUUCCUUAUCAUCACGUAUUGCUGUUAUAGGGCCUAAUGGUGCAGGGAAAUCUACAUUAAUUAAAGUUCUUUGCGGUGAACUUAUUCCGCAAAAAGGUGAAGUUUGGUGUCAUCCUAAUCUUCGGAUUGCAUAUGUUGCUCAAGCUGCAUUCACCCAUCUUGGUUCUCAUGAAAAUAAAACACCAUCUGAAUAUAUUCAGUGGAGGUAUCGUACAGGCGAAGAUUCGGAAACUAUAGAUAAAGCUUCUCGGCAAAUAACUGAAGCUGAUGAAAUCCUUAUGGACAAAAUUUUUAAAAUUAAUGGGACUAGUAGAAAAAUUAAAGAAAUCCUUUCUCGAAGAAAACUUAAAAAUACGUAUGAAUAUGAGUGCUCUUUCCUUCUUGGAGAAAAUAUUGGGCAAAAAAAUGAACGAUGGGUACCAUUAAACAGUACAGACAAUGCUUGGUUACCUCGGAACGAGUUACUAGAAUCACAUUCUAAAAUGCUUGCUGAAAUCGAUUUAAAAGAAGCUUUAAAAUCAGGGAACUUCCGUCCUUUGGUUCGUAAAGAAAUUGAAAAACACUGUGAAAAUUUUGGCCUUGAUGCGGAACUUGUUACACACUCAAGAAUCAAGGGUUUAUCAGGAGGUCAGAAAGUCAAAUUAGUUCUUGCUGCAGGGUCAUGGUUAAAGCCUCAUAUUAUUGUUUUAGAUGAGCCUACAAAUUAUCUCGAUAGGGAUUCUUUAGGUGCUCUUUCAAAAGCUCUUAAGAAAUUUGAAGGUGGUGUUGUUAUUAUUACACAUUCUUCUGAAUUUACAAAGAAUCUUACUGAAGAAGUUUGGAGUGUACAAAAUAGACGAAUGACUCCAUCUGGGCAUAAUUGGGUCCAAGGUCAAGGAACUGGGCCUAGGCUUAAAGAAGAAGAUCAACAAGAAGAUCAGUUUGAUGCACUAGGAAAUAAGAUUGAUAUAAAGAAAAAGCCGAAAAAAUUAACAGGAUCCGAGUUAAGGAAAAAGAAAAAAGAGCGUAUGGCUCGACGAAAAAGAGGUGAAGAUGUUUUUUCAGAUGAAGACGAAUAA